AUGGCAGGGAGCGGAUCUUCUGGACCAAGAAUUCCUGGUCCCUCCCUGGACCACAUAGAUGGUAUAAAACUCUCCCUCACCAUCGCCUCCCUCGACGGAUCGAAACGCCUCUGCCACAUCCGCAGCAAGAUGCAUAAGAAGGUCUGGAUCGCUGCCGGGGACAUCAUCCUCGUCUGCCUCCGAGACUACCAGGACGACAAGGCGGACAUCAUCUUCAAGUAUAUGCCUGAUGAGGCUCAUCUCCUUAAGGCCUACGGUGAGCUCCCUGAGAACAUCCGCCUCAACGAGGGCAUCGGAGGGCUCGACGAGGAGGACGAGGGCGGUGCCGAUGACUUCAUCGAGUUUGAGGAUGAAGAUAUCGACAAGAUCUAA